CAUUAACAGCCAUAAACCUUUGAAACAUACAUUUAAAUUUUGAUGUAAAAGAUGUUUUAAUCAUUGAAGUUAAAUAUUCACAAAGGUGGAUUGUUAAACUGAACAGAAUCAAUUUGAAAACUAAACCCAGCAAGUUUCUGUUUUGUAUUACUCUAUGACGACUCAAAAGCACUUCCAGAGAUCAUUGUCAUUACGGUGCCUCUUGACUGUGAAUGUCUCCAAGGGAAGCUCUGCAUAUGCGCUCAUCAGGACACAAGAAGGUUGACAAAGCCAACAAAUUAGAUUCCCUGCUUCCAAAAGGUUUCGUUUCUCCAUCCAUUUCCAUAACCGAUGUCCUCGAUUCGAAGUGCCUUCCGAGCAAGUUUUAUGUAGCUACUCUGAAACAUCAUGACCUAAAACGCAGGUUGGAGGAACUCCAACCCACAACAAAACCGCCAAGAAGGGUCUCGGCCCGAAACGUCGUCUGUUGGUUUAUUUCUAUGCAUGCUGCCUGAGAUCCACCAGCUCCAACAUUUUGCAAAAUCCGCCAGUCACCUUGAUGGGAGAACCGAGCCUGCGACAUGCAGUUACACCAGAGCGCAUGCGUCGCCGGUCGCGGGCCCGGCUUCUGGGCAUGCGCGGCAGCCUUCUGUCCCUGGCGGCGCGGGGGUGCUGUGGGAUUGGCUGCCUGCUGAUCGCGAGCCCGGCUUCUGGGCAUGCGCGGCAGCCUUCAGUCCCUGGCGGCGCGGGGGUGCCGUGGGAUUGGCUGCCUGCUGAUCGCGGGCUCGGCUUCUGGGCAUGCGCGGCAGCCUUCAGUCCCUGGCGGUGCGGGAAGGGCGCGGGGGUGCCGUGGGAUUGGCUGCCUGCUGAUCGCGGGGCGGCGAAGCGGGAUCCGAGGCUUCGAGCUGGGCAAGGGCCCUGGUCUUCCGCCAUCCCAGACAAGCUUGCUCGGUGUCGGCUGGAGAGAGGGGAGGAAGAUCAUGUCGACGUCCAGUCACAAGAGAAAGCCACGUUUUGAUGUGUCAUUAGCGCGUCUAACUCGGCGAUUUAUGGAACUUGUCAGUAAGGCUCCUGAUGGGGUUCUUGACAUCAAUGAUGUGGCAUGGAUGCUUGGAGUGCGAAAAAGGAGGGUUUACGAUAUCACCAAUGUACUGGAUGGCAUUCAUCUGGUGAGAAAAAAAUCCAAAAACCUGAUUGAAUGGAUAGGCAAAAAUCCACAAGAAAGAUUAGGAUAUGAAGCCCAAUCUCGAAAACUGAGAAAAGAAUUGGCAGACCUAACAACGGUAGAGAAUUCUUUAGAUGAAUUAAUCAAGGACUGUGCUCAACAGUUAUACAGUUUAACAGAAGACAAAGAAAAUGCAAGACUAGCAUAUGUAACUUACAAGGACAUCCACGGUCUUCAAGCCUUCAAGGAACAGAUUGUAAUCGCAAUCAAAGCUCCCCAAGAAACGAAGCUCGAAGUACCUAUUCCCAAUGAGGAGAAAAUCCAAGUUUAUAUAAAGAGUACUGAAGGACCAAUUGAUGUAUUUGUGUGCGAGAUGCAGGAAGAAUAUUGUCCUCCUAAAACGUGUGAAGAUGACACGUCCAAUGGGAAUGAAGCAAUCUCCUCAACAGAUGAGGCAGUGACGUUACCACCUGAUAGAGAUUCAUGAUUCAUGCAUUACUGAAAAGAGGCAAGGACUGUAACCAGCACUGCAGGAUAUUGGCAAAAACUGGACUCCUUACUAUGAUACGCAAACACGAAGAAAUCUGCAGAUGCUGUAAAUUCAAUUGACAUUUUGUGCUGAGACCCUUCAUCCUGACAAAGGCCUGAAACGUUGACUGUACUUCUUCCUAUAGAUGCUGCCUGGCCUGCUGUGUUCCACCAGCAUUUUGUGUGUGUUGCUCCUUAUUACGAUGCUAUGUUUGGAAUGGUAAAUGACCCAAUAUAAAGUGGUCGGCUGUACAAUUCAAAGAGUCAGAUGGGGGAUUGGCAUGUCCAAAUUUUAAACUGCAUCACGGGGCAUGUGUAUUAAAAAGUCUUAGCUAUUGGAUGGAGGAGGAUACAGUUUCAUCAUGGAAAAUUAUAGAACAAGAACUAAUAUCACCAAUAAGGUUGAUUCUCCUUAUAGGUAUGUCUACCAAAAAAACGUGAUUUGUAUUACCAUCUAAUUUUAACCCAUAUACUACAAGUAUUUAGAGCAGCAGAAAAAUUCCUAAAAUUUAAAAGCGUAUGGUGCAAAUCAUCUCCAUUUUGGAACAAUAAUCAUUUUCUAUCUGGGGAAAAACCAUUCACUAACAAAACUUGGGAGGAUAAAGGUAUUACUACUCUUCAAGAUAUUAAUCCUUAGCUUUCAAGAACUGGUAUCUCGAUAUAAUAUUGAUAAACACUCUCUUUUCUACUUUAGAGUAAGAUCAGCUUGUAAAGCCUACGGGGUUCCCUGGGGGUCAGAUUUAAAGGACCAUCCUGUUUUAAGUUGGAUACAGAGUGCUCUGAGACAGAUAGUGUCAUAUAUCUAUGAUAAAUUGAACUCCCAGAAAUAUAUGCCCACAUCAGGAAUGAAAGCCUGGGAUAAGGACAUAUCUGAAUUGGGACAAGACUUAAACUGGGAUACGAUUUGGGAUAAUGCUGCCGGUGCUUCGAAAAACCCAAAUCAUCGGUAUAUACGCUUGAAAUUUUGUCAUAGAGUAUAUCUAACACCGAGAAUUAGACAUCAAAUGGGACUGGUUCCUGACCCAUAUUGCUCAUUUUGCCCCCACGGAACCGUUGGCUCUUCAAUACAUGUUGUAUGGGAAUGUUCAGGUGUUUUUGGUUUGUGGGGGAAGAUUAUCUGUACUCUUACAGAACUAAUGGGGGUACAAUUACCAAUGGACCCCGCUGUACAUCUUCUAAAUGAUGACUCCCACCUUUCCCUUAGGGAAAAAACAUGCUAAAUCUGGCUGGCAGGCCUGACUGCAGCUAAGAAGAUUGUAGUCCAGCAUUGGAAACCUCCUCAUGAUAGUUCAAGUACUCACUGGUUUCGGAGCUUUUUGGACAUUUCUUACCUGGAAUUAUCAUCAGCAAGAGUAAACGAUGCAUGACCAAACACAAUCUUAAUGUAGACAAAUUUGAUAUCUAAUUUAAAAGAUCUUCUGUUAAAAUGGGAAUGCUCUGUCUGUGUAUGCACUACUAUUCAGUUGGUUGGUGAAGGGGAGGGGGUGGUAAGGAGAGACG